ACAAACCCUAUUAAAAUCUCAAACACUAAUACGAUCAUAUACACUACCAAAAUCUCAAGCAACAAAACCCUUGAAAAAACCUCCACAACACAAUACAAACACUCAAAACUCCGAAGUCCAUUUCUUUUUGCAAUGCCGACAAAACCCAUUUAGAGAGAAACAAAAAUGGAAGAUGAGGGAAUUGAAGCUGUGUUGGCCAAAGCCAUAGACUUGAGAUUAAAGAUCAGUAAUUGCAUCCAUAGAGCAACCACCACCAGCAUUACCAGCAACAAAAAGACUCCAUCUUUCGAGGAAGAGGAGCAAGAAAGUGAGGGUCUUGGAGAGAAAGGAUGGAAGAAAAAGAGUCCUGAGAAUUCAGAAUUUCUUGAUGGGGUUUCAUUGAGUGAAGCAGAGGAAGGAGAGGAUGACGAGACCGAGAGGCUUUUGCUCAUCCGUGAUGCUUUUGAGUCCCUUGAGAGCCAGCUCUCUAACUUGCAGGCUCUGCAGCAGCAGCAACAUUAUGAAAAGGAAGUUGCCCUUAGUGAGAUUGAACAUAGCCGCAAGAUAUUAUUGGAUAAGCUUAAGGAGUACAGAGGGGAAGACUUGGAAGUAAUAAAGGAAGCCUCUGCAUUUGCUGGGGAAACAGUGGAGCACAACAAUGACCUCUUGCUUCCUCCUUAUCCCAGCCGCCAUCCACAGUCCCUGGUUUUAAACAGUCGAUAUCUGUAUCACUUUCCUUCCACACGCAAUUCCAAUGGAAUAAUCGCUGGUGAAGCGAAGAGGCAUCUGGAUGAGCCAGAAGGCAAUCAAGCACAAACUGCAUCCAAAAACUCAAGAAAAGGAUUGGGACAUUUCAUAAGUGCAGCAGCCAAGACCGUGAUUACCCUUGUUGGAGUAAUUUCAGUGUUAAGCUUGGCAGGUUUUGGACCAAGCAUUGGGAAAAAAGGUGCUCCUCUUAAGGUUUUGGGCUUGUUUCAGCAACCAGCACUUGAAGAGAGGAAAGAAGCCGUUCAAUGCCCACCUGGGAGAAUUCUUGUGCUGGAAGAUGGUGAAGCCCGGUGUGUUGUGAAAGGAAGGGUGGCAGUUCCUUUUAAUUCAUUGGUAGGAAAGCCUGAUGUAAACUAUGGGAGUGGUUAGUUUCAUCUGGUGUCUAUCUUUAUUCUCUCUUUUUGAAAGUUUUGUAGAUUAAUUGUCUAGCGUUUGUACAGUACCUUUUUCAUUAUAAAGUGAAGAAAGAGUUUGCGUCA